AUGACGACUGUUAUGGGAGGUUUUGAACUUGUGUAUGACCCUAAGACUAAGAAGGUUUCUUUGCCCGAAGGAACGGAUUUACCAGAUAUAAAACUCGAACUUGAACAACUCAACACUUUGACCAGCGAAUUAAUAAGUAAUGGCAACGAAGUACCUCCUCCACCAUCACAAGAAAGCUUUAAUAAAGACAUGAGUAAGAUGAUUAUGAAGAUGUAUGAGAGUGGAGUAGGGUCGUUUAGAAAGGGCGACUACGAAGCAGCUGCCAGACAAUUUUCACUUGGGAUUGAAAUGAUAGUUAGAAGACUGAAAUUUGAAGCCUUUCAAGGUACAAUCCAAGAAUUGACACCGUUUUUAAUGAGCAGAGCUGAUGCCUAUUUAAAAACUAAGGAGUAUUUAAAAGCUUUUAAUGAUGCUGAUUUACUUUUAAAUAUGCAAAUCAAUGCACCAGAUAACUUUUUAAGACGAGGAGUUUCCAAUUACUUUUUGGAGAAUUAUGAAGAUGCCAGAGCUGAUUAUCAAAGAGGAUUAGCAUUUGCAGAGAAUAAUGAGCGGUUAUUAUCGGAGUUGGAGAUUUGUUUGGAUAAGAUUCUUGAAGAGAACGGAGAUAAGAUCUGA